AUGGAGGUGGAGAAAAGAAAACGCGUGGAGGAGAGAGAAAUGGAGGGGAAGAAAUCGAAGGUGCGUGAGGAGGAGGGAGGGAAGGCAGUGGUGGAAGAUGAGGAGGUAGAAGAGUUCUUUGAAAUUCUGCGGCGGAUACAGGUGGCGGUGAAGUAUUUCAAGAAGAGCAACGGCGAGAGUGGACGUGAGGUGACGGUGAAAGGAUCGAGGCUAUGGGGUCCGUCGUUUGAGUGGAAGGAUUUUAACGGAGUUAACGGCGGUGAAGGGCAAGGUGGUGUGGAGGAGGAGGAGGAGAAAGCGGGUUUGGAUCUUAAUGCUGAACCAGGAUCCGACUCCAAGUCUGUUUAG